AUGACAGGAAGAGAGUUUCUUGAACUAGAUCCUCCACAGCAAAGACUAUAUUUGGAAAAACUUAAGCGGAUAGAAGUCAUACAAAAGAUGUUCAGUGAGCUUCCUAAAGCAGAUCAGAACCUUUGCAAUCACGGAUCGUACUUCCUUGCAGCAAACGCCAGCUUAUGUGGCCUGGCAGCAAACAACUUCUUCAGGAAGAUCCUGCAUGUCAGAAGGGCUUUCCUCGUGUCCGCUUUGCCAAUGGCCGUUGUGCCGUUUCUUUCAACAGCAGCGGUUUAUGAAGUUUUUGUGCGUGAGUCUUUAUUUUCAGGUGACCUAAACUGUGAGGCCUGUGCUGUGGUCAGAGGAGGAUUAAUAGGGGCUGCUGUGGGUGGUCUCUAUCCUAUUUUCCUGGCUCUCCCCGUGAACGCAAGCCUUGCAGCCAGGUACGUCUUGUUAACCUGCAAGGAGCGAAAUGCUCUUAGUACCCGGAAGGGGAUUUACACUGAGGUGGUCUGGUUACCAGGCGAGGUCCGUAAGAGCGACCCCAAGCCUCCAGAGUGA